CCGUCGCUUGGCACGUUUUCGCUUGAAUACAUCUUUCAACUGAAACGAAUCCUUACACAGGACAGUCGAGAGCUGAAACACUUAACCCAGGAUGUCUUCUAAAUGCGUGGGACAGUGCAGUGUGCAUCCGAAACCGAUACAAUGUGGCCCUAAGAUGGACAGCUAUCAAUGGAAGCCAGCACUCACGAUAUACGGAUUCAUCCUUCUGCUUCUGUUAGCAUGGACCCAGGCGCAGACUGAUCAGCCGAGUACCUUCGACGAUCAGGAGUUGGCCGACAAGGUGGAAAUCAAUAUUGUCUCGACGGCUUACACACUCAGCUUCAGCAUCGCCGUUGGGGACACAGACUAUACCAUCGAGGGCAUCACUUGCCGCAACGGAAGCGGGAAGGAGACCAAGGCGAACGAGGCCAAUGUGUGCGAGAGUCUCGAUCCAUGCACCUUCUACACGUGUGUAGUCGUGCUGCGGCCCAUCGACAACAACCCGCCGACCCCUGACCAGACGAUCUAUGCCUACACCGAGUACAAACAACCCAGGACGGAAGUGACAAACGUGCAGCCCACCGCCAACACCAUCAAAGUCACCUGGCAGACGAACGACCGCGCUUGUGUCGAGGCCUUCGAGAUCACGGCCAAGGCGUCCGAGUACUCCUACACGACGCAGCAGCUGAGCGAGAAGAGCACCUACACCUUCAAGGACGUCUAUGCCUGCCUGGCCCACACCAUCACCUUGAUGACGCGCAACAAUGCUAGUGUCGUGGUGGACACAAGCUCGACCGAGGUGGAGACGCUCUACUCGGAGCCAGGCGACCUCUCACUGAACAUCACUAACUUGGCCAACGGCAUAACGCUCAUCAAAUGGUCGGAUCCCACGGAAAAGCACUGCAUCGCCAACUACACUUUCAAGUGGAAGCGAGACGACUGCGUGCAGGAGAACGACCAGCAGCCGGAGGAGACGACCACGGAUCUGCCAAGCACCAUGACCACAUUCGAUACGGAUUAUGACAUGGAGACAAGCGAGCCAGCAGAACCAGUAGAACCAGCAGAACCACCCGAACAAGGGAACAGAGUUGAGUGCGAGUGGAGUGACAAUUCCGAUAAUUCCAAGCUGAGAGAGUAUCAGCUCACCGAUUUGCAAGGAUGCGAGCCGCAUACUUUCGAGAUCUACAUCAAUCAGAACGAAACAUCCAAGGCAUCCCAGCAGUUUACAUCCGCCGAAAAGACGGCCAGCGCUGUCUCCGACCCCGUUCACAGCAAUAACUUGACAGAACUUCGGUGGAUGUGGUCCCAGCCCCAGAAUCAUCCCAAGUGUGUGGCCAACUAUAGCGUGCAGCUGACGGGACCCACACAACGACUCAACGAGACACUUGAGGUGGUGACUGAGGAAAUGGUGGCGGUCUUCGAUAACCUCGAUCCGUGUGGCGUCUAUAUAGUGGAAAUUGUGCCGGUGAUGCUGAAUGGAAGCUCCGGUGCGAUGUAUCAGUCGGAGGCCACCGUCAGCGAAGAUCGGCCCUCGCAGAUCCUGGAACCCGUCGUCCUGCCCGGCUCGUACUCUCUGGAGAUAAGCUGGCAGACGCCCGCAUAUGCGAACUUGUGCAUCGACGGGUACCGCCUCUCCGGCUGGAUGGAGGACAACAAAGAGGUGCUCAGUGCGACCACCAAGAACACGUCCGUGACCUUCAACGAUGGCCUGCUGGCCUGCCAGAUGUACACCAUACAGGUCAUACCCUACACCCGGGAGAAUCUGGACGGGGAUCUGCGACAGGAGGUGGUGGAGACAACGGCUGCCGUAGUGAACUCUGAUAAGAUAACCCUGCAGAUGGGGACCAACGGAGCUGCCUCGCACAGCCUGACAUUAAUUGCCAACAAUCAGGACUACAACAACACCUGCCAGACCAUCUUCGCUUUCUUCAACUGCAGCACCACGGCCAAGGUGCGCUACACAUAUGGGGAGCGGUACGUGGAGGGGUACACAAAGACAGGAUUCCAGGCCCAGAUCAGCCCACUGUCGCCGAACACCGCCUACUUUUGCGACGUGAUUCUGUACAAUGUGGCAGGAUCCUCGAAACUCAAGCGUACACUGGAGAACACCCACACGCAGAACUACUUUCCCGAGCAGCCAGAGAACGUGAACUUCUCCCACAGCAGCGUGCAGAGCCUGCUGUUCACCUGGAAUCCGCCCACCUAUCUGAACGGCCCCAUCAAGUACUACCAGGCCUAUCUGAUGCGACAUGAGCCCGACUACUUUGUACCCGAGGACUGCCCGGAGGUCAGCGAGAACCCCAAGUCGGAGACCAAGGGUGAUCUGAGCGUCAACUUCACUGAACUGUCGCCGGGCAUUCGGUACAUGAUGCAGGUUGCUGCCCAGAACGAUUUCGGCAUGGGAGAGUAUACCUCGCCGAUUAUUGGCAUCACUCUGCCCACGGUCUCUGAAAAGGUCACCCAACUGGACGUUAUUUCCAUGGGUCCGUCGCUGGACGCCACUGACACCUACAGCGCCAAUGCGACCGUCACCUGGAGGUGGCCCUGCAAGUCCAACGGAGAGAUCGAGUCGUUCGUCCUGGACUUCAUUGGAAAAAGGACCGCACACGAGAAAGUCGAGUUCAGGCGCAUCAUGGUGCCGGAAAUGGCUGAUCGCAAGGGACGGAUGUCCUACACGGAGACGGAAAUGAGGCCGGAGUACGACUACACAGUGAAUGUGACCGUUAAAAACAAGGAUGUGGACACUCUCAGCGAUAGCGCGGUGUCAGGUUGGCAGUCUCCAGCGGGCCUUCCCUCCCGACUGGGCAGCGAAGUUGUGGGUCAAAUGCGCGUCAGCGCCAACGAGACAAGUCACCCAACGAGAUCGGCCAUCGUUCGACUGCCGGCGGAUAUCCAGAGCUCUGAAUCGGGCAACAUCACCUACAUCGCCUUGCUGCUCUCGCAGAAGAAAUGUGCCGGAACGCCGACGCUGGGCUCCGCCUUGGUCAAUGCAGCCUCGGCGUGGCCAGAUGUGCAGUCCUAUGAUACGGCAGGCGCAGACGGCUCUGUAGACUGCGUCUUUCAGUAUCAGACGACGGAAGAACGCUGGAACCCGACCGCAGGCAGCAGAGAAAGGGGCUCCGACGACGAAAUCAUCUUUACCAUCGGCGAGGACAAGUGUCCGAAUGGCAAGCGGUACUGCAAUGGGCCGCUCCUGGCAGACACGCAGUACCACAUGGUGGUGCGUCUGUUCACCAAGUCGGGAUAUCGCGACGCGGCCCUGCUGGAGUUCAAGACGGAUGCGGCCAUCAAGGUGACACUGAUCCUGAUCAGCGUCUGUUCCUGUCUGAUUCUGGCCUUUGUUCUGGGACUCGCAGUGCUCUGGGUGCGCAAGCGUCUAGCCUGGCAUCGUGACUCUGGUCAGGGCAUUGAGGAUCCUUUUGGCAACGUGAUCGCGAAGAACUUUGCCAUUUUCUACGCAGAGGUGGCCAAGCCGGAGAAGUUGGCCCGCGAGUUCAAGGAGAUAACCGUAGUGGCCCUGGAGCUGAGCUACUCGGCCUCAGAGCUGGGCUGCCACAAGAAUCGCUAUGCGGACAUUUAUCCAUAUGACAAGAAUCGCGUUAUCCUGGACAUAGAUGCGGAGGGAUCGGACUAUAUCAAUGCCUCCUUCAUAGAUGGACACACCCGCAAGAAGGAGUACAUUGCCACCCAGGGACCGAAGCCGGAGAGCCUCAUGGACUUUUGGCGCAUGAUUCUCCAGUACAACGUUCGAAUCAUUGUCCAGGUGACCCAGUUCCGAGAAGGCAAUACGAUAAAAUGCCACGAAUACUUCCCGUACAACAUGCGCGGACUGACGGUGACCGUCAAGUGCAAGGAGCACUUUGAGCUCUACGAUCGGACCGAGCUAACGGUGGUGCACGAUAAGUACGGUCUGAAGGAGAAGGUCGUGCACUUAUACUUUAAGAAGUGGCCCGAUCACGGCUGUCCCGAGGAUCCCAUGCACCUGAUUGCCUUCGUAAAGAAGGUCAAGUCGGAGCGACGUCCCAGCUAUUCACCCAUCGUCGUUCAUUGCAGUGCGGGCGUGGGCAGGACCGGGACCUUCAUUGGUCUCGACUUGAUUAUGCAGCGCUUGAAGAGCGAGUCGAAAAUCAACAUAUUUGAAACUGUCAAGAAGCUGCGCUUCCAGCGCAUGAAAAUGGUGCAGACGCAGCAGCAGUACACAUUCCUUUAUGCCUGCACCUAUGAGCUGGUGAAGCACAAGAUUCCGCGGGCACGCAAGCUCGAAGGCCGUCCGAAGUCGGCAACGGCGACCAAAAAGGUGAGCUUCCCCGAAGUUUCUGCUGGAAAUGUAGUUGCCUCAGCUCCGAGCGCCGAUCCAGAGAACGGUGUAUCCACCUUGCAGCUACCGGCUCGAUUCUCUGGCCUGCAGAGGAACAGUCAGCCCUUUGGGAAAGACGACAUGAGCAGCAGCAGCAAUAUGUGACCUGAAAGUGAUCGUCAUUUGUGUAUUUAUUGAAAUUGUAUUAAACGAGUAUAACUUAGCAGCACUAAUAGCCAAAGAAAUGCGUCUAAAGCAAACACACACUUUAUAUAAAAUGAUAAUAAAUAAAAAUGUACA